UGGGCGUAGCCAUUUUGGCAGUAAUCGCGUCAGUAGAUUGGCAGACACUGACUGUCUGUCACGGUGAAGGAGGACGGACUUGACAGUGACACUUGACAGGAUGGUAGACAACUGUUGUGCUCCAGGUUGUCGAAACAGACGGGGCAAGAAGAAAGGAGGAUUAGCUCUAUCAUUUUAUCGCAUCCCAAAAGAUGCUGUGAGGAGGGAAAAGUGGAUAAAUGAGACAUCAGAAGAAGACUGAAAGGUGGGACCCGCCUGCCGUAGGAUUUCGUUUGUGCAGCGAACACUUCAUAUCAGGGAGAAAGAGUGAUAACCCUUUAAGUCCAGACUUUGUGCCAUCGAUUUUUGGCCAGAGAAGAGGAGACGGACAGCUAGACUGGAGGUGUUCAACAGGAGGCAGAAGGCGAAAAUAUUGAAAAUAGAGCAGGCAAAGCUAACUGCAGAAGCCAUCCGUGUAAGGGCAUCAAUUGAUUGUCCCCAAAACAAUGCAGCAACAGAAGACCAAACCACAGAGCCCUCCAUCACAGAAAACCAAGUCAUAGAGCCCCCCAUCACAGAUCCUUUGGAAGACUCGGGUGAUGAAGAUCCUGUCCAGCCUGAUCCAGCAACACCACCUUGCACCUCUGAAACCUGUAGUAAGCACAUCCAGUCUCUUGAGCUAGAAUGCCAAGCUCUAAGGACUGAAAAUAUGUUGUUAAGGGACAAAAUAAAUAGAAAGACCCUGACAGAGCUUAGUUUGCAAAAUGAUGAUAAAAAGGUGAAUACCCUCACUGGGUUAGCAACCUAUACAUGUCUUAUGACCAUCUUUCAAUGUUUGACUCCAUUUCUCAAACUUAGAGCAUCAAUAACAUGUUUUCAACAAUAUAUGUUGACUUUGAUGAAGCUGCGGAUGAACUUGACUUUUGACUUUUUAGGUUUUUAUUUUGCCAUCGAUCCAACUACUGCCUCUAGACACUUCAAACACUGUGUUAAUUUGAUUUAUUGUAGACUGGUGCCAAGUCUAGUGGUGUGGCCUGAUAGAGAAUCUUUAAGAACAUCUCUUCCAUAUGUAUUUAGAAAUGGUGGCUACGAGAAGACUGUUUGUAUCAUAGAUUGUUUUGAAAUAUUUUUAGAGAAACCAAGUAGAUUGCGACCCAGUGCACAGUGUUACUCAAAAUACAAAUCACAUCACACCAUGAAAUAUUUAAUUGCCAUUUGCCCUCAAGGUUCAAUUUCUUUCAUCUCUAAUGGAUGGGGAGGUCGCACCAGUGAUAAAUUCAUUACAGAACACAGUAAUUUUUUACCUAAUAUUCUCCCAGGGGAUAUUGUUUUGGCAGACAGGGGCUUUCUGGUGAAAGAGGCUAUUGAAAGAUGUCUGGCUGAAUUAAAAAUCCCAGCAUUUACUCGUGGGAAAGCACAGUUAGAUCCUGUUGACAUAGAGAAUACAAGAUCCCUAGCCUCCUUAAGAAUUCACAUUGAAAGAGUCAUAGGAGUACUUCGUCAGAAAUAUACUAUCUUACAAAGCACUGUGCCAAUAACUUUCACAGACAUAGAGUCAGAAAAUGAUGUCACUUAUCUUGAUAAAAUUGUAAGUGUAUGUUGUGCACUAACAAAUGUACCAGAUUCUGUGGUGCCCUUUGAGUGAAGUUGUGUGCCAACAGAA